GUUCUCCAAACAGGCAAGUCUAGCUUUGCCUGGACGGAGGGGGAGAAAAAAGAAGGCAGUUGCUCAACCAGGAGAGAGGGGAGGGAGGACAGGGCGUUGGCUGGGCCGGGGAGGGGCGAGUUCGAGUCCUCCCCACCUCUCCUGCGAUCCAUUGCUCACAAUUAGCCAGCCAGCCAACAGCUGUGGUCCACCUCGCCUCUCCGCAGAGAUGUCUUCUAAAUACGCCGGCGGUCCCACAGAAACCGAACGCUGCAUCGAGUCGCUGCUGGCCGUGUUCCAGAGAUACGCAGGCAACGAUGGGGAUGCGUGUUCCCUCUCCAAGAGGGAAUUCCUGACCUUCAUGAACACGGAGCUGGCAUCUUUCACAAAGAACCAGAAGGACCCCGGAGUCGUGGACCGCAUGAUGAAGAAACUCGACAUGAACAAUGACGGCAAGCUGGACUUCAGCGAAUUCUUGAACCUCAUCGGCGGCCUGGCACAGGCGUGCCACGUCCAAGUGGUGUCAUCCCCAACCAGUUGUCCCCCCCGCAAAUAAUGAUCCGUUCCUUCCCGCUCCGACCCAUCACCAGCGAAAUCCCAGGCAUUCCGGAAAACCAAUCUCGGUGUACGACCAAAAUCAGACAUCACCGCACAAGUGGCACCAUUUAGGUUUCUAUCAAUAAAAAUGGAUGUGAAAGCA